GAGCCUCUACAUAGGGAAAUUGAACACAUGUGCACUUGCUCCCCCAGUUCCAGAGAUAUAAGAGGCAGAGAGAGAGAGAGAUGGAAACAGGAGGAGGGAAAGAGGGAGGGGGCUAAAGACAAUGAGUAAGAAGGAAGGGCCAGGCUUUUUGUUCUUAACCCUGGGUUGUGUACCAUCCCAACACCUUGGCUGCAUUCUAUUCAGAAGUCACUUCCUAAUGACUGUGCGGUUCCACAAGGAUGUGCACAGCAGGAGACAGUGAGCACCGGGAGCCGUGGUGGAGGCUGCCCUCCACAUAGGCCAACAUGAGGCACUUGGUUCUGACUCUAAGGGAAACAGGAGACCGUGGAAUCAUUCAUGCCAGUGACUGGCAAUCUCUGAAUUUCCUCUAAUUUCAACCCGUUAAAGCUGCAGAUGUGUAAAUGAGGCCCAGAGGGGCAGGGACUUGCUCAACGCCCAAGAGCUGUGACACAGGCCUGUUUUAAGGGGUACUCCACACGAUAGCCCACCCCUUCUUGUCAUUCUUUCAUCUCUAAGUGUGUGCAUCAGACACAAGUGAAACCAGACACCAGGUGUUGUCACUACUGUCUCUUCUGCAGCUGAGGACAUCCUGAGGGAGCUAUUUCUGGCCUCGUCCCUAUCGUGCAGGUUGAAGGAUUGAGGAGGCCUUGCGAGGCACAAUGGUGUUUCCAGGACACAGAGCUUCUAGGGAAAGAGAGGCGUGAACUCAGCUGAACUCAGCUUCCUCAAGCUGGAAACCUGGUUCCAUCUCAAGGUCCUGUGUGAGGCUCUGUGCUGGCUAUUUGUGUACAGUUCUGGUGAUGACAUGGGCAAGGAGGAGCUGCAUGCAGGAGGUGGUCAAAGAGCUGGCAAAUGGCUUCGGGUACUCCAUCUCCCUGGACAGGGGCCAACUGCACGGCACCAUCAUCAAUAACCAGGGCUGCUCUGAGAGUGAAGAUGAGUCCACUCUGUCUGUAACUGAUGCCUGCAGGAUGCGUGCCCUCCAGGCAGGCAUGAUGCAGAGGCUCUCAGAGUCUGUGCUGCCAGCCUUCCCCAGCAGAGUCCUCUGCAGUGUCAUCAACUCCCUCUACAGCUACUCAGGCUCCAGCACUUCCCACCAGGUCCUGGACCAGCUGUUUCCCAGGUCCCAUCUACCCGCCAUCCCGGGUGAUGCCCUCAUCCCCUUUGGGACACAUGGAGGCAGCUUGGCCCAUUGCGUGCGGGAUGCUGGAGGACAGGACCACCUCCCAAAUGCUAUCUAUUUCCUGCUGGGAACCUGGCUGGGCCAAGGGCAGGAUUGCAGGGAGCCCCUGUGGUUUCCCUGUUGGACCCUGCAGCUGGCCACUCUGCACGUCAGCUUUGGUGGCUCCCACGUGGAGGGCCAUGCCUACCUUCUGCCAGGCCAUCUGGAGCAUCUCAAGGCCAUUGAGGCCGAACGGAAAGAGCCAGCUCCAAAGCUCCUGCCACUUCCAGAGCCAGAGCCAGUGCCAGCCCCCGGGCUGGAGCCAGCUGCACCUCCAGUCUCACCACGUGUGGUAGAGCUGGAGCCAGCAGCCCGUGAGUUGGCCACUCCAGGACCAGAGCAAAGGCCACCAGUAAAGGCAGCCCCAGAGCCCAGGUGCCCCUGGGCCGUGACCACCGAGGACCAGCUGAGGGAGGAGAAGCUGAACAUCUUGGACUUCCCUCCCCAGCUGGUGGCAGAGCAGAUGACGAGGAUGGCUGCGGAGCUGUUCAAGACGUUGGUGCCCGCCCACUGCCUCGGCUCCAUCUGGUCUGAGCGUGACAACAGGAAACGCGAGUCCCUGGCACCCACCGUCCGUGACACUGUGAUGCACGACAACACCAUGGCCAAUUGCAUCCUCGUCACCUGCCUUGGGGACGCGAGCAUGACAGCACAGGACAGGGCCAGGGUGGUUGAGCUGUGGAUCAGGGUGGCUGAGGUAAGCCUUGGCACGCCCUGUCUGGAUGCAUGGGAAUUGCCUCAUUGUGUUCUCAGCUCUCAGGAUUGA